GUUUGUAGAAAGUGCAGAGAUCCUCCAGUGCUUGCGCGCUUCUCGCGUGCUUCAAGAGAUGGUUUCAGGCCUUGUGUUUUGUUGGAUGGCAAGCACCUCCAUACAGGUGUUGGCCAUCCGUCCUGACGCAUUGUGGAUGGCAAGCACUUGGUUGCAAGUGCUAAGCUCCUCGAACAACUUGGCCGAUGAGUCCAUUACAGCACAGGACCAGGGUCGUCGCUUCUUUUUGGGGGAACUCUAUGAUGCCCGCACGAGUGAGUCGCUUGGGGCUUCUCUGUGGCCGCUCUCGGUGUUGGAUGAUCCGCGCUUUGUCCGGGAGACUUCAGCUGCCAGUGCUGACUACUUCUUGACUUAUGCUGAUACAGUAAAGGACAAGAUGGAAUUGAUGGGUAUCGACGGCACAAUCGAUUUCGAGCGCUCCGUUGGGAUCAGCAAGUUUACCUUGUCAGGCUCAGCAAAGUACUUGGAAUCAAAGGCGGAGAGCAACCUGGAAGUGCGCAGCUCACUGAGCAUGACAGUGUAUACAGUCCGCAAGACGCUGAAUGCGAUGGAUCCGGACCUUCAACGCCUUCGAUUCGACUACAUACCUCCUCAAGCGACCCACUAUGUGAGCUCCAUCAAAUACGGAGCCAGAUGCAUAGCGACAUUCUCCCAAGUUGCUGAAAAUGAGCAAGAGAAGGAGAUUCUCCAAGGCCGUUUGUAUGGAGAGGUGAAAACGGCCUUGAUCAGAGUGAGCGCAGAGAUAAACCUAGACCUCCAGGAGGAGGAGAUCUUCAGCAGCAAGAACAUCACUGUCAAAGUGAAUGGAGAUGUGAUCCCCAGUGGCUCACCCAGUGGUCAGGCAGAAGAUGACGAUACAAGCCGCCGGUUGAGCUGGGGCGACCGUCCCCAGCCUCGACGAAGGCUGAGUGAAGAUACUUGCUGGGAUAAGCCCAAUUGGAGGGAUGGCAUCAGCAGCCAAAGCUGCAGAGAUUACAAGAAGUCUUACUGCGACGCAGCAAGCAACACCUACUAUCCUGAUCGUCACCCUACGAAGCGCCAGUCCAAGGAGGUGAACUUCCCGGACCUUUAUUGCUGUGGCUGCGGCCGAUGUAGUGACACGAAACACUGGGCAGAUCCAGAUGGGCAUGGUUGUGACUACUACCGUUUGAACCGUUGCCAAAGUGGGUCCUACAGUGGUGCUGACGCCCCGCGGGUCAAUCACCCAGAGGAGAAUUGCUGCGGGUGUGGCAAGUGUGAGGACACAGCAGGUUGGAGCGACCCUUCAAACCACACGUGCCGGUGGUACAAGAACAACGGAUUAUGCCCAAACGGCGUCUACCGGGAUGCCGCCAAUGCUACCCAAGCAGAACUCAGCAACUUUCCAGAUAUGCACUGCUGUGCAUGUGGGAAGGCAAGCACCUACGUGCAUGCAGUCGACCUGACAGCGACAACUACAACUACCACUGCUCUCUACAAGCUUUCGGAUGGCCCAGAGUAUUCCGCAAGACGUCGCAGAAGUGUUACUCUUGAGAAGCCUACCAGGGUGCCCACGGACCCGACGAGUGCGCUAGACUACCUCUCCAGGGUGCACGUCUCGGCCCUGGAAGAUGGUGGCGUCCCGAUGCAGAUCACCCUUACACCAGUGAAGUGGCUGGUCAGUGGCUAUGAAGCAGUCGCCAAGCGACUCACUUCAGAGCUGAUGAACAAAGCGAUUGGCAUUACCGAGGACUUUGACCAAGGAGUUCGCAUCAUCAAUGACCUUGCAGCUCGCGACAACCUUGGCUUCAAUUCUUGGACUUGGAACGUAGAACUCUUCAACAGAGCCCAGAAAGAAUAUCAUCGCGAUUUCAAGAUGUCCUUGGCGAGGGCGCUGUAUGAGUACCGCACACUCGACCGGCUGGACGCCGUGGAAGAGAUCCUACAGGGUCAUCAAGCAAGCAGUUUCACUCUGGACCUUAUCAGAAAGUACAGAGAAGAGCAGACUGAUGCACUGAAUUCCUUGUCGAACAUGGUGCUCCCCUUGCGGGAGGAAGGGGCUACGCUUGCCACCCAGUUCUCGGACUACAUUGGCCCCACGCUCUCCAUGCACUAUGAUGCCGUGGUCGUCCUCAUUAUCGCUGGCAUGAACCCAGCAAGCAGCCGGGACACAAUCAAUAGUGUCAGACGCUUUUUGGCGUUUGCUCGCAAAACAGGUCCGUUACCCCACUGUUUGAAGGCCCGGCGUUUUGAGGCCGGACCAAAUGCACCAUACCAGUGCGUGGAGACUUACAAGCUGGUGGUCAUACACUUUGACUCCUUUUGCUCGCAAUUUUGCCAGCCGCACCUUUGCCUCAAUCCUGCCCCAAGGACCUGCUCAGACGCCUCCGCUUCUGAAGGCCUUGACUUUUUGGCAGAUAGGGAGGCAUGGUGCCAAAACCCAUGCACACGUGUAGUAGCACACUACAAACAGGGGCCUGCCUCCAGUGCUGAUAAGCUCCUACCACAACUCCCACAACCACCCUCCAUCAUUGACAUCUCGGUGGGUGCUCAGGAGCAAGACCCCAAGAACCAGCGUGUCCACAUGCAGCUUGGCCCCUUGGCAAGCGGGGUGGUCUCAGUCCGUCUGAGAAUCAUUCAUCACGAGUUUGACAAGGCAGCCAAUGAAUGGAUCCCGGUACACGGUGUGCAAGACACGCACACGCCAGAGUUGAAUGUGACAAUCGGCCAACUCAUUUCGGGGCGAUACUACUACUUCCAAGCGGCAGCAGUGAACGAUGUAGGCGAAGGGCCCUACAGUGCACGCUGGCCGGAAAGUGCUUCGGGGCUCCUUGUGGGCCAUCGCAUUGUCACCAUCCAGCCCGAAAAAGCUGUGCGCCAACCGCUCGAGCAUUUGGAUACUUGCGAUGCAGAAGAAGCAGCUGGUUCCGACCUUACAAAUCGGGCCCCCAACUGGCUUGCCUGGGCAGUCCGCUUGAGCUUUAGCGAGUUGCCGAGAAAUCAAGAGCCAGCAGCAAGCGUGGAAUUCUUCGACCUCGCAAAUGGCACAACUUUCAAUUGCCUAAAGUUCCAGCUGGAUCCAAGUGAUUCUCUUGCUGCCUCGUGCCGCAUCCCUUGCCGGGAAUCAAGGUUUACCAGCACUUUAGCAGUGACAGUUUGGGAUUCCAAUCGAAUAACCAAAAUUGCAGAAGGCCAGUUGACACAUGAGCCCAUGUCCAAAGCAUCUUGUGGAGCCUUCACUCCCAGCAGACCACUCUUUUGCGAUGUUGAAGACUCGCGCCAAAGGCGCUGCAUGGUACCCACCUCGAUCAAUGGCUCCGCAUGCGACCUGUGCUUUGAUGCACGCACUCCGAAGACCUACCGAGUCGAGUCUCGCCUGUGCACUGGAUUUCAGUGCCAGCUGGGUGAAAGGUGGUGCCCUUUGAAUGGCAUCGGUUGCAUCACAACAUCUUGUCAGGUUUGCUACACCGGCAGUGUAGACUUUCCAGUGGACGGAGGCACGGUGUGCGCAUUGCCCUGUGAGUUGUAUGCCGAUGUUCCAGAUCUCAUCGUGGAGAAUGGUGCCAUAUCUGUCCCGCCUGGCGAUAGCGCCAAAAUCGCUUGCGAUGCAGGCUUGGGGCCAAGUUGGGAUGAGGCUCUUGGGGCUCCCGGCCCUGCAGAGCUACAAUUCCUUUGCCCUGAAGGCAACACUCGGCUGGAAUACAAAGUCAGCGACUUGGCAAGACGUCCUGCCUGCAAGCCUCGUUGCGUGUCAGGAACCUUUCAAGACGUGGACGGCUACAUCUACACCUAUGGCGACAGCAUCUAUGGUCAGACCAUGAACUUUACAUGCGACGCAUCCCAGUUCGAGUCAGGCAUGGUGGUCCUUCUCUGCAAGGACUCUGUGGUUGAGCUGCUGUCAAGGACAUGCAAGGUGAAAUUCGAGCUGAAGACAGUGACUCGCAUGCAGUUGAAUGGGCUCCAAAACAUUUAUGGUGGAUUCGCAGUUGAAGGGAACACCCAAGGCUGCCUGCUAGUUGGCAAACCCAUGGUGUAUUCCGGUCCCCUCACUAUGGAAUACUACAACCGCUACAUUGUGAAGUUUGGCGUCGGUGCAGCUUUUGGCAAUAUACAAGAGGAAACAUCAUUGAUUGACUACGACCCCACCUUCAACACACUGGAUUUUUGUUUGUCUGAUUCGGUCUACAUGUACUUCUGCGACACCUACGCUUAUGAGUCCCGAUUCGGCCGAGUAAUAAAAGUGGACCCACGUGGAGGUGCUGCUCCAACAGUCUUGGACUUGCUCAAUGUGGAAUCCACAGAGAUGCGGGAAUUCUUGAAGGGUGGUUUUGCAGGCAGCACCCAUGGCUAUAUACAGGUCAAGAAUCCCAGUCCCAGGAGAUUGGUUCGCAUCUCCUUGGAUCCCUAUCAGUACGUGGACAGUUUGAAUUUGGAGAGCAUGUUUCACGCCGAUGAUUACUCAACUGGGAUGCACGGGGGCUUUGAAUAUCGCCAGCAUCUGUACCUUUGCCUCGGAGGUCGCAAUCAUCUUUGGCGGUUGAGCAAGGCCACAUUGUCAAAUCCCGAGAAAAUGCCACUGCCCGAGAAUAGCGACAUUGGUCAAGGUUGCAUCCGUUCGGGGGGCCGGGCCUACUUCUAUGGCGGAGGAGGGUCAACCGCAGUGUUGGCAUUUGACCUCGAAACCUUGCAGGUAUCAGACAUUCUGCAUACUUGGCCUGCGUUCGCUAUUCAGCGGUAUUUUGUACAGUCAAGCGCGUUUGUGCAUAGCACGUAUCUUUACCUCCUCGAGGGUGGGGGUGCCUUAUACCGUUUAGACAUGGAGGCCAACGUUGUUGCCUGGCUCAACCUCGAUGUAUCCGGAAGCUUUGUUGACAGGGAGUACAUGUUCGGAGGCUUGACAGAUGGCACCUAUGCAUAUUUUUAUUCUUGGAAAUCCAUCAUGGCGAGGAUUACAUUGUAGGGAUCCAAGGGUGAAUGCCAGCUUGAUUUUCCAAGUUCAAGCGUUCAGGAAUCAUAGAUCUAUAUUUUCAUAUGAUUCCUGCACAUUUCCGUGUGGCCAGGUUUCUUUUGAAGAAUGGAUGAAUAGUUUUCACGCUUGUGUGAACAUUUGUUUGUGUUCGUUGACGGCCCGAAAGCGGCCAUAGGAAAGCUUUUUAUCAAGGUACGCAUUUGUUGCAGAGGCAGACCAUUGUGUGAACUUUUUGCUGCUUGAACACUGUUCCCUUCUUGCUUUAUAUAGCCUUUUUUGUGUGCC